GAGGCAGAGAGCGCAGCUCUGGGUCAGAGGGACGUUGGGUACCGGGAGAGAAGGAUUUUGGGCACUAGGAAGAAAAGCAAAGAAAUUAGUGCCCAGCGGGUUCGUUCACAUUCCUCUGUGCCAGGACUAGCGGUGCCAGUUGCGCGGAGAGGAGUUGGGAGCAGCACGUGACUGGCACCCUCUGAUCUAGCUCUCAGCAGCCUGGCAGUGGCACCGCCUUUACAUCGCACCUCAAGAAGUGCCGACCAUUCCACGAAAAUGGAGGGGGACAAUCUGAGCUGCAUUAAAUAUCUUAUGUUCAUCUUCAACUUCUUGAUAUUUCUUGGCGGUGCCACUUUGCUUGGACUGGGGGUCUGGGUCCUUGUCGACCCUACUGGUUUCCGGGAAAUCAUUGCCACCACCCCUCUGCUGUUCAUCGGAGCCUAUCUGGUCUUGGCCAUGGGAGGAAUGUUGUUCUUGCUGGGUUUCCUGGGCUGCUGCGGAGCCAUCCGUGAGAACAAAUGCUUGUUGGUCUUUUUCUUCAUGUUCAUCCUGAUGAUAUUCCUAGCGGAGCUGUCAGCUGCCAUCCUGGCGUUCCUAUUCCGUGAGAAUCUGUCUAAAGACUUCUUUGCAAGGGAGGUGAAGAGGCAUUAUCAUGGCGACAACAGCACUGAGGUCUUCUCCUCCACAUGGAACUCCAUCAUGAUUACUUUCGGAUGCUGCGGUGUAAAUGGACCGGAUGACUUCAACGACGCCCUUCGCUUUAGGGCCUUGCACCCAUACGACGCCGUGCCGGAGGCUUGCUGCCGGAGGGAGGUCCAGUCCAAAGCUGGGAAAGUCAUCAGCAGGAGGGAUUGCCUGCUGGACAGAGAGGACUAUCAGAACCGACAGGGCUGCUACUCAGUGAUACUGAACUCCGUGGAGCCGUACGUGUAUCUCGCAGGGGCCCUGGCAAUUGGGGUAUUAGCCAUAGAGCUCCUGUCGAUGGUGUUUGCCAUGUGCCUGUUCCGAGGGAUUCAGUAAAAGCAAAGACUGCAGAGAGAAGAGUUGGUGCCAAACUUUCUGGGUCUUCACAUCCCCCCCCACCCGCCUCCCAUCUCCCAUAAGGAGAAACAGGAACUUAAAAUAAAAGACAAUCCUUUUCCCUGCCUGGAAUGUUCUGCAGCACAACGUCGGGGUUUAUUCUUUGCUUGUUGUGCUAUUUGCUCACCGUCUGCAGCCUCAAAACAACUACUUAUAAUCAUAUUUUAUCUCUUGAAUUUAUGAUGGAAAAGGGCCCCACCUAGUGACAGGAACAAGCCCUUCACAAUAACCAACAAGGGACUGGUGAUCAACUGAACAAAACAGAGGAUUCAAGGGUCCUGCUCUCAAGAGCUUGCAAUCUAAUGGCAUUUCGAACAGUUUAUUCCUGCCACAGGGGGGAGAAGUGACAGUCUUUUAUCUAAUGCUCUUGACAUAUUGUUGGAUUUUGUUGCAAUUGUCAAUGUGAAAUGCUUGUUAGGGGGGUUCCUAUGGUGCCCAAUUUUGUUCCUCAAAUCUGACAGUUGCAUUAAAUAGGGAAGGGGGAAAGAGCGUGUUGCUGGCGCAAUAGCGGGAGAAAAUAAUUUCCUUUAGCCCAAAGGGCUGCAGAGAUGCAUCCUGGGAAGGUGCACUUACCCACACGACUACUGAUUUACUUAAAAUUUUGCAUCCCGGGACUGCAAUUAGGUUGUCAUUGCGCUCAUGAUAAAGUAUCCCUCUACAGAACUGCGAGUUGGAAUCGGGUGCCACUUUAGAGGGGGAAAAGGGGCAUCCAAGGAGGAGUUUAAAAACAAAGGGGUGCCCAUUGGACGUCCCUAAUAUAUGAAUCUGGUUUCCAGCAGCGACAAUUUCUUUUGCACGUGUGAACAAGACGCUUAUGCAGGUCUCGUCCGAGUUAAUGCCAUAGGCCGGUGCCCGAGUGGGAGGGGCUUGCACUAUUUUGCACAUUGCGUCUCACCAGUGGGCGCAUUACGAGGGAUGUCCUCUGUGCCUUAAAUCCGAGAGGCAGAUGGAGCCGGGCCAGCAUCCAAUGAGGGCAAUCCCAGCACUGCGCACAGUCGGCCCACUAAGGUUUCAGUGAAUGUUCCAAAGGCAAGGGGACCAUGGUGACACCAUUACCUACAUUUUAUCGCCAAUUCUAUUUCUUCUGCAACGAGAAAAUGGACUAAAGGAUGGAUUUACCUAUUUUACAACCCAAACGAAAAAUGGGAUUUAGAAAAGCGAAAUGCUUUUGCUUCUGGAUCCAUAGAAAUCCCAUUAUAGGCUUGACUCCAUAGGCCAGUAGCCUGAUUGCUUCCCGGUUACCUUCCGGGCUCCCCACUGGGUUGCUCUGCUCCUUGAAGCAGAGGGUUUGUUACUAUGUGGGCUUCAUUUGCCCUUUAAUUCAGUAUGAUUCCCUUCAGCCUCACAUGGAGUCAGCCACCGAACCACUUAAUUUUGCAAAUCAAUGUGUAUUCAUUGGGUCCAACCCUAGUGCCGGCCACCCCCCACCCCCCAUAAUGGGUUGGUCUGCCCCCUUCCUCAUUGCAAAGCUGGGCCUUAAUAAGCAGAGCUCCUCCCAUGCCACUGGCACACUAUUGGAAGGGCGGGGCUUAACUGUUCAGAACAUUUUGUAACUGUAAAUCCUUGUUUCUAUCCUCAUUCUGCUGACGUACUGUGAUAUUUUGCUACUGUCUGAUGUUCUUUUUCUAUGAGCCGACAUCUGUUUUAUAAACGACUGGAGAGGCGGGUGGCCUGACCGCCAAGCGCCUCUUAUUUCUGUAAAAAAAAAUCUGAAAAUAUCAAUAAAAAUAGUGAGAAGGCGAA